AUGCGAGAAGCAGUUGCGAAGCCAUGCCCAUCACUGCCACCAGCCAGUAACUUGUCAAACGCUGGUAAAACUGUAUUGCAGAUCUUUACAAAACACCCUCAGAAAUUAAUAACGUCCAAUAGCCGGCAUCGAAUCACGUAUGCCAUAGUACCCAUAUUUGAUCCGAAACAACGCGGUCUAGCAAUUGUUUGUUGGCGCACUCAAAACGCUCCACUGAAUCAAACAAUUGAACAAUUAAAUGGAGCCGUGAGAUUAUGUAAUUGCAGACCAAAAGAAAUAAAUAUUAUUAAAGAGAUCUCAGCUCAGUUCUAA